AUGUCACAAGAUACAAUCACAGUAGAGGAUCUCCCUGGUCUUCUUGAAUACGACAUCAGCGUCAAAGUCGCUGGCAUUGACUGCGAUGGCAUCCUACGCGGCAAGGUGAUGGCCAAGGAAAAGUUCCUCGGCAUCGCGCAGAAGGGCUUUGGCUUCAGCUCCGCAGUGUUUGGAUGGGAUAUGCAGGACGUGCUCUACACUACAGAUGCAAAGGUCGCACCUCCAGAAUCGGGAUAUGUCGAUUUCAUCGCUGUGCCAGAUCUCAGCUCAUACCGACGGAUACCGUGGGAAGACAACAUCCCUUUCUUCUUGGUGCGAUUUGUUCAGAACGAGAAACCAGUCACUGCAGACGGUCGGAGCAUGUUGAGAUCGAUAACACACAAGCUAGCGGAGGCGAAUUGCCAGGCCAUGGCUGGAGUUGAACUCGAAUUUAUGAACUUCCAAACUCCUUCACAGGACGGAUACUCCAAUGGCUCGCAGACCCGCGAUAUCGCUGCCUUUCUAGAAAGAAAUGCACCCAGCGCCCUUCGCCCCAUGACCGCCGGCAGUUUCUCAUACAGCGCGACACGACCGGUAGCCUUCAAGAAGUACUUUUGGGAUAUCUUCAACACCAGUGCGCGGUUCAACUGUGGGAUUGAGGGAUGGCAUACAGAGGGAGGGCCGGGUGUCUACGAAGCGGCCCUCAAAGUGUGUAAUGUUGCCGAAAUGGCAGACCGGGUGUCCCUAUUCAAACUUCUGGCGAAAUCCAUCGGGAUCGAACACGGAAUCACUCCCUGCUUCAUGGCAAAGCCUAUGUACGGCCAACCUGGCAGCUCCGGUCACAUUCACAUCUCCCUUUGCGAUCUUGAGGGGAAGAACCUCUUCGCCAGAGACACACCUGACCCCAACGCCCCUUGGUCUGAUGCAGCCGGCCUGUCAGAUAUGGGCCGACAAUUUCUCGCCGGCCUCCUCGAGGCUUUGCCGGAUAUCAUGCCCCUGUUCGCACCCACUAUCAAUUCCUACAAGCGCCUGGUGGAGAACUACUGGGCCCCUGUGAAUAUCAGCUGGGGUCUGGAAGACCGAAUGGCGUCGAUCCGCAUUAUCACGCCGCCGGUGUGUAAGCCCGGCGCCACGCGGAUGGAAGUGCGUAUUCCCGGCGCUGAUUUGCAUCCUCACUAUGCGCUCAGUGUGAUACUCGCUGCUGGAUGGCGGGGUAUCGAGAAGAAGCUUGAUAUCAAGGUACCGCCUAUGUCGGCGUUGAAGCAAGGUGAUCGGCCGGAGCUGCUGCCGAACACGCUGGAAGAAGCCAUCAAGAGAUUCAGUGCGCCUGAGAGUAUUGCGCGGGAGAUCCUGGACGGGGGAUUUGUCGAUUUCUUUACUGCCACACGAGAGCAUGAGCUCAAAGUGUGGAGGGAGGCUGUAACUGAUUGGGAAUUCAAGAGGUAUAUUGAGACUGUAUAG